CCUUGUCAUAUUUGAAAACAGAAUCAGAAUGAAAUACAGAGCAGGUUUUCUAAAAGUGGCGUGUGCCUGGAUGCUGAUUCUGAUGCAAAGCCUGGACGCAGGACAUGCACCGAGGAAACAUGCCGCCGCCGUUCCAUGCAGGCCGAAAGAGCUGACGGCCCUCACCAAAAGUCUGGCUGAAGCGAGCUUGACAGGUUUUGACGAGGCCAAUGGGAAGCACCUUGGCACGUGGUCUCCAGGCUUCCCUGAGCUCCAGGUCCGGCAGAACUCUUCCUUCAAUGCUUCAAAAGUUCAGUGCAGCCUCCUCUUCAUGGCUCAAGGCCUGGAGAAGAUCCUGGUGGACCAGGUGAGAAACCUGAAUCCCGAUGAUGUUUCACUUCACAAGAAUCUCAGGGAAACCAUCUCAAGGGUCAACAUGCUCGCAGCGUGUGUGAGGGAAAUUCACGGAGGGGAAUGCUCCCCGAAGCCAUCCCCACCAACAAUGCCCAAGCAUGUGUUUGAGAGGAAGCAGUGGAGUCACACUCUGUUGAAGACAUCCAGGGACUACCUGGGCUGGCUGGAGCUUAAGCUUGGGGUCCAAAUUGCAAAAGUCAAAGGAAAAGAUGAGAUGAAACAUGCAGGUACUGCAGCAACACGUCACAGGUACUUGGAGGGGAGUGGAUACCACUUGUAA